GAAGACUUUGGUGUUACACAACAGGACCAGCUGGAACCUGCGGAGAUCUUCAGCCAUCUCAAAGAUUUCCUAACAAUCCUUGGUCCUACAAUGCCUGCAGAGCCCAACUGUCUUGCGGAGGAGGAGGAGGAUUUGGUAGCUCCCUUGGUGUACGUAGCAGCGUCAAAACCAGGGACUGCCAGGGUAGACCAACGGGGGAUGAAUAUUUCGGGUGCGGAUGUGAAACCAGAAAAAAGAGACAGCUGACAUUUUCACAAGAUGAAUCGAAGGCAGAUACAGAGAAAGAUGCAGAUAGGUGUGCUGAAGCUGAUUUGGUUGGAAAAAUUGCUGAUAGCCCAGACUUUUAAAGACUUUUUUCUAUUAAAAAACAAACAAUUAGAUAAAUAAAAUUUUUGUUGCGACAAAAACAUUUGUAAUUAAUUAUCUUUUUUAAAUAUUAUUUACAUUGUAUUUUUGUCGUCUUAAUAAACUUUGGCAAAACCUGGAA